AACUGCAAAUUUCACCUUUGUCUUCUCUCCGGAGAAGUCAGGAAGGGAAGAGGCGGCGGAAGGCAGCAGCAGCAGCAGCAGCAACGGAGGCAGCAGCAGCAGCAGGGCCUGCAGCAGCAGCAGCAGCAGCAAGGCUUCCACACAGAGGCCUUGGCCUCACUCGCCGCUGCGCCUCCCCACUUCCUGCUCAAGGCAGCUCAGCUGUGGGGGGCCCUUAACCUCCACCAGCAGCAGCAGCAGCAGCAACAGCAGCAGAUGGACGGAAAGGCUGCGCGGGGCCCCAGCCCCUGCAACCAGUGCUGCGAGUGUUUGGCUCCAGUGCGCUGCAUAAUAGACCAGCACGAAGUGGAGAUAAUCCCCCCGCUUAAGCCCGCAGCAGCAGCAGCAGCAGCAGCAGCAGCAGCAGCAACAGGAACUUGCUGUACACCGCCAGGGGCGCCUCCAGCGGCGACUCCACCACGCGCACCUUCGGCAGCUCCUACAGGCAGCAGCAGCAGCGGCAGCAGCAGCAGCAGCAGCAGCUCUCCAGCAGGGCUGCAGCCCCACUGCCGGGGGCCCCCCAGGGGGCCCCCGCGAGUCUCUUCUGGGGGGCCCCCCAACCCUCUGCUGCUUCUCCUUUGCCUUCUGUCUCCUUUGAGGGUCCCCUCAAAGACCCUGGGAGCUACCGCAGCGCUGCUGCUGCUGCUGCUGCUGGCUUCGGCGGAGGCAGCAGCAGCAGCAGCAGCAAACAGAGGCCCAGGGACUCUGCUGCCCCCAAAGUGCCCCUCAUCAAUCUGCACCAAAUGCAGCAGCACGAGGCCCCCCCCCCAGAGCUGCUGCUGGACAGCAGCAAACGUCCAAUAUCUGCAGAGUCCAGUCCCUUCAAGCCCUGUCCCCCUACAGCAGCAGCAGCAGCAGCAGCAGCAACUGGUGCUGCAGCAGCACCAGGUGAUGCUGCUGUGA